GUCUCAGACGCUGUCGUUCAAGGUGUAAGGCAGUCGCUAGCUUCAGAUGGUUUCAGUUUUUAAUAGCGACGCAUGCAUGCCCUUGUUCAUCGUUGGCAGAAGUGGAUUACGAAUAGUGGUAACAACGCUAAAAAAUGAAAGGACGCCUCUGAAACUAUGUUCCAUUUAACUGUAUUGUUGUGAAGUUUUAAUGUGCCAGGAAGUCUCAUAUCAGCGUACACUCCACUGCACAAUGAAAAUCUCAUUCGGAAAAAUCCCCAAGGCUGUGGCUAAGCCAGGUCUCCGCAGUAUCCUUUUUUUUCAGCAGUGCUAGUUCCGUAAGGUUCGCAGGAGAGCUUCUGUAAAGUUUGGAGGGUAGGAGACGAGGUGCUGGCAGAAGUAUAGCUGUGAGGACGGGGCGUGAGUCGUGCUUGGGUAGCUCAGUUGGUAGAGCACUUGCCCGAGAAAGACAAAGGUCCCGAGUUCGAGUCUCUGUCCUACACACAAAAUUAAUAUGCCAGGAAGUUUCAUAUCAGCGCACACUCCGCUGCAGAGUGAAAAUCUCAUUCUGUAUUGUUGUACUUUCAGUGCCUGUUGUACAGUCCAUGAAAAUAAACGGGAGGUAUUAGUUUCGCAAUGGCCAUCGUAUUGGCGAUUCCUUUUGUCGUUCAUAACUUUUUUUUUGACGUUGGAACUUUUUACUAGGUAGGGUUCAGAAGAAAUGUAUGCAAAUAAAUAUAAAUUAUUUGGCCUUUGGAGGUAAACUGCGUUCCUUCGGAAGGUCACGGCAGAAAAGUUCCGAUGAAAUACAUAUUCCUAAUUGUCCUCGAUGCACUAAGCUACGACGUCUAGUGAGAAAGACAAGUAUUAUCUCUGAGAAAAUCCGUGAAGAUGGAAAAAUCGCCUCCCGCUCCCAGUUUGCUGUGAAGGACAGAAAAGGAAAGCAGGAGAGGUAAACCGGUGCGUCAGCAAGCAGCUGCGCCAUUACCGCUAGGGCCUUGGCUGUCGUGUCCCGGGCUCGUAAUAUUUUUGCCUGCUCCACCGCCCUGAGACCGAGACUUCUGGAACGCCUCCUGACUUCGACCACGCACGCCGCGCUGCUGCUCCGAGGAACACUGCCAGAAUACCAGCAAUGAGCGAUCGCUACAGCUUCGUCCCUGCGACGCGGGAGCAGGUGGAGACCAUCAGGAAGAGUCUGGGGACAGAUGAAGAGGACAUCAAGAGGGCCAUCACGUCUGUUCGAGACUGGCUCAGGAUGCAGCCGCAUCUGCCCGACCAGAUGGAAGAUGCAUUCAUCGAAAGGAUGUACAUAAACUGCAAGUGUAGCAUAGAGAGGGUUAAGAAAGGGGUGGACAAUUUCUUCUCUAUGAGGACCAGGUAUCCAGAGAUGACGAUGAACCGUGACCCUAUGGGACCCGACGUUGUGACCACUAUGGAGCACGUCAAGCUGGUGACGAUGCCCCGCCUCACGGAGCAGCUGUACCGGGUUCACAUCAUCGCGGACCCCGACCCGGACCCUGCGUGGGUCUCGUGGAUAAGAUACGGAAAAGUCGGCUCCAUAGACCUCGACUUGAUGUUAUUUGAUGACUACUCCCUUGGAGACAUCGUUAUCUUCGACCUGAAGAACGUACAUACCGGACACGUCCUCCGCUCUGAUAUCAACAUCAUACGUGCUAUGGAAUUUGGUUACAAGAGUGCCUAUUGCCGGAGGUUGAAAGGGUUCCAUUUGGUAAAUGCGAACAAAAUAACUGAUUUCGUACUGAAAAUUUUGAAGACAGCUCUCUCAGAAAAGUUGCAGAAGAGGAUACACGUUCAUCCCCCAGGAACGACGACGCUGUUUGACCACGUGGCAAAGGAAUAUUUGCCGGAUGAACUAGGAGGUACUGCCGGUCCUAUCGACAAAUAUGCCUAUGAAUUCAUCAGGAGGGCGGAGAAGAAGAGAGAGUGGUUCCUGGAGCAGGACCGCUACACCUCGGACGAGAGCAAGAGGCCUCCAGACAACCACUACGCCGACGACUUGUUCGGAGUGGCGGGCUCCUUCAAGAAGCUCUCAGUGGACUGACGCCGUCACAGUUCAUUGUGUAGAUUCUGUCCCUUGUGGACAGUUAACUGUGGUACACAGGGUGAACUGGGAAUCCACCAACAUAGUUUCAGAGUUGGCUUUGGGAUAAUUCCUGAGUGUUUUGGUAUAACGGACACAUGGCCUCCGGUAAUUCGUUACUGAGUGCAAAUAUUCAGUUUGAUGUUUUCCUGCAUUCUGUUCCUUCUGCCUUCACAGCUUCCUAGCCAACAUUGUCAAAAAAUUUUCUCUAAAUUUAUGAACACUAUAAAAUGGGUUUGCCUUCACCUAAUCUAUUUGCAAUGAUAAAUCGUAGGAUCAUAAUUGCUACAUAUGAUUCUACAUUUUUAGAGAACCCAAACGGAUCUUCCCCAAGGUGAGGCUCCACCCUAUUUCUGAAAAUCAUUCGUCUCAGUAUUUAAUAACCAUGACUUAUUAAACAGAUGGCUCCCUAUUAUUCGUCCCUGUCAGCGCCUGCCUCCUGUAAAAUAGCAAUUGUUACAGUUAGGAUUUCUAGCCACCCUCCCCCUUUUGCUUUGUAUCACAAUUGCACUGAAAAUAUUUGGUAAUUGAGUUAAUAAAGCACGUAAGUCAUAAUUAGAUUAUUAUUCUGUAACCAGCCACUGAAGAACACGGGUUCAUAAUAGAAAAAUACUCGGGAAAUGUCCUUCAACAAGGUCUGAUAUAUUGUCAGUGGUUCGGAUUCACCUAGUUUUGUCAUAAAGGUGUUCUUCCAUACGGAAUAGGUCAAUAAAACGUCCACUACCUCACUGAAUGUUCCCUGUAAACCUGUCUGUCACAGAUAUGUAUCUUGUGUGAAAGUGAAAAAAUAAAAUAAGAUAUUUGCUAUCCUCGAUCUUACGCAUUUUCUCCUAUUAAACUUCCUUCUUCAUUAAUGUUAAUGACAUCAGGCUCGAAACGAAAGAAGACAAGCUUCAUGAUGUUCCGUUCAUAGU